GAACAUAUCAAACCGGCUUAUCGUUGCGGGUGUUGGAUUUGGUUAGGUUCUUUACUAACAUUCGCGUAUAUAUUACCAAUUUAUAUCAUUCAUUAACUAUUAUUAUUUAUUGAUUUGAGAAAAAUGAGUUGGAAGAAACCUAUUGUUUACGGUUCUGCUGCGGUGACUAUUGUCGGCGCAGCAUAUCUUACAAAAGAUUACUUAGGAGGUGCACGAUAUAAAGGAGAAGAGGAACUGAAUAACAAAAUUAUUAUUGUAACUGGAGCCAAUACUGGUAUUGGAUAUGAGACAGUUCGGGAAUUGGCCCGACGUAAAGCAAAAGUCAUUAUGGCAUGCAGGGAUAUGCAAAAAUGUGAAAAGUCACGUCGAGAAAUUGUAAUUGAUACAAAGAACAAGUAUGUUUAUUGUAGAAAAUGUGACUUGGCAUCUCAAGAAAGUAUUAGGAAAUUUGUUAAGCGAUUUCGGAAAGAAUAUGAUAAACUUGAUAUACUUGUUAACAAUGCUGGUGUAAUGAGAUGCCCGAAAAGUUACACUAAAGAAGGCAUUGAGAUGCAACUUGGAGUCAAUCAUAUAGGACACUUCUUGCUCACAAAUUUACUUCUGGAUGUCUUGAAGGAGUCUGCACCAUCUAGAAUUAUAAAUUUGUCAAGUGCUGCUUAUCAUGCAGGCCAGAUAAAUAUGAAGGAUUUAAAUAGUGACAUUAAGUAUGACUCUGGCAAGGCUUAUGCACAAAGUAAAUUGGCAAAUGUACUUUUUACUACGGAAUUAGCAGACAGACUGAAAGGAACUGGAGUUAAUGUAUAUGCUAUCCAUCCUGGUAUAGUCGAUACGGAUAUAAUUCGACACAUGCGUGUACUGAACAACAUCUUCACACGAAUAUUUCUGAAACCCUUUGUUUGGCCAUUCAUUAAAGCGCCUGUGCAAGCAGCACAAACUGUUUUGUAUGCAGCAUUAGAUCCUAGCAUUACAGAUGCUUCUGGCAGUUAUAUCGACAACUCUACAAUUAAGGAAUUGUCAGAAAAUGCCAAAGAUAAGAAUCUGGCGAAAUGGCUAUGGAAGGUUAGCGAGUCAUGGACAAAGCUAAAUGUUACAUAAUUACGUGCGUAUAGUAAAGACAUACACAUGUGUCAAAUGUAGUUUAUUUUUAAAUAUAUAUAUACAUAUAUAUAAUUAA